AUGAUUGGUUACAAUAACCGUGGAACCCAAAAAGUUAACUCAGUCUUAAAAAUAAGAGCUAAAUAUGAAGUAUCACCUCAUUUUGAAGUCGGUUACAUUGUGUCAGAGAUAUUAGAGCGUUACAGAAAAAUGGUAGGUCUCAUUCAACAUCUCUACGAGUUUCCUUCAGACGUAGUCUUCGACGUUAUAAAAACUACUGAACUGGUCCAAAAGCUGUUCCUCGAAAUCUAUCAUUUAGUUAACACGGUGAACGAAAUACCAAGAAAAUAUAGUCACAUGGAAGAAUUUCAUGUACAAAAUCCUUCAGUCAGCCGAGAUGAGUUAAAAAAUUCUCAGAAGAAUUUCGAAAGACUUCAAAGAGAAAGACAAAGGCAGAGGAAGAAGAAACAAAAAGAGAUGAAGAAGCAAAGAGAAUUAUUCCUAAAGGGACAAGGUAAUAGAGUACCCCAAAAACCUAAGAAACCCCCCAAUAAAUGGUGGCCCAUAGAUUAUGGAUGGGAAAUUGACUAUCAGUGGUGG